CUCUGCAUUAUUAACUAAUGGCUGAUCGCCGGUUUGGCUUACGUUGGAUCGGACGAAGGUUCUGAAAUGUUCGAUAUUAUCCUGCGUCGUCCUAUUUUUUUAAUACUCUCCACAAUCCACAUGAACAAAUCGAAUUUGUUUAGGGUUUCGGGAAGAAAAAUUAAUCACUUUCUAAUCAAGGCCAGCCCAGUAAUCAAUUAAAUAAUCCAUCCACCAAUAACGUUGAAGGAGAAGAGCAUCUUCCAAAAAACCCAAUGGGCCCAACGGAAAAAGCCCAAAAUCGUCCCCUCCCUCCUCUCAGUCGCUCUUCCUCCUCGCUGAAUUCCCGGGGAAGGGAAAAGAGGCGGGAGAGGGAAUUGCAGAAAUUCCAAUUCUCCCCCAAAAAUGGCAGUCUCAAUCCCAUCCCCAAAACUCCCGCUCUUCUUCUUCUUCUCCUUCGUCUUCGUCUGCUUCCUCUCAGUGGAGGCGAAAUGCAGGAGCGGCUGCGAUCUCGCCUUCGCCUCCUACUACGUCUCGGAAGGAGUCAACCUAACUUACAUCAGCGGGAUCUUCUCCCAGCCGGUUUCUCAAAUCCUUCGCUAUAACUCCGGCGCCGCCGUCGCCGCCGGUGGCAAGAUCCGCAUCCCGUUCCCUUGCGAGUGCCUCAACGCCGAUUUCCUCGGCCACACGUUCUCCUACGUCACCCAGCCGGGGGACACCUACUCCAAGAUCGCCGCCGACGUUUUUGCCAAUCUCACCACCGACGACUGGGUCCACCGCGUCAACCUCUACGACACCACCAGGAUUCCCGACUACGCCGCCAUCAACGUCACUCUCAACUGCUCCUGCGGCGAUCCCGGCGUCUCCCGCAGCUACGGCGUCUUCUCCACCUUCCCUCUUCGCUCCGGCGACUCUGUCGCUUCCCUCUCCGCUUCCACUGGCCUCCCGCCGGACUUGAUCCGACGCUACAAUCCUUCGUCUAACUUCUCCGCCGGAUCCGGCCUCGUCUUCUUGCCGGCUAGAGACGAAAAUGGCAACUAUCCCCCUCUAUACAUAAGCACAGCUGGAAUCUCCGGCAGAGUCAUUGCAGGCAUUUCUGUUGCUGGAGUUGCUGGAGCUUUACUCUUGGCCCUGUGCCUCUAUGCUGGGGUUUACCGGAGGAAGAAAGUGGAUGCAUCAUCCUUUCUCCCACCUGCAACCCCAGACAACUUGAGAAAUGGUCUUGCGAUUGCCCCAGAGAAAAUUUCAGAAGAAACUGCACUUGUGGCCUCCUCACAGCUUACUGGCAUUACGGUGGACAAAUCGGUUGAAUUCUCGUACGAGGAGCUUGCCAAGGCCACUGAUGACUUUAGUGCCGCCAAUAAGAUAGGUCAAGGUGGCUUUGGAGUUGUAUACUAUGCUAAACUAAGAGGAGAGAAUGCUGCGAUUAAGAAGAUGGACAUGCAAGCAUCAGAAGAAUUUUUGGCAGAGCUGAAGGUGUUAACGCACGUACAUCACUUGAACUUGGUGCGCUUGAUAGGGUACUGUGUUGAAGGUUGUCUAUUCCUGGUCUAUGAGUUCAUUGAGAAUGGCAACCUAUGUCAGCAUCUGCGAGGGUCAGGGAGGGAUCCUUUGCCAUGGCCGACAAGGGUAGAAAUCGCUCUGGAUUCAGCUAGAGGGCUCGAGUAUAUUCAUGAGCACACCAUUCCUGUGUACAUUCACCGCGAUAUCAAACCUGCAAACAUCUUGAUAGACAAGAACUUCCGCGCAAAGGUUGCAGAUUUUGGAUUGACAAGGUUAACCGAAUGUGGGAGUUCGUCGUUGCACACACGGCUUGUGGGUACAUUCGGAUACAUGCCUCCAGAGUAUGCAAAGUAUGGUGAUGUUUCGGCCAAGAUUGAUGUGUAUGCAUUCGGGGUGGUGCUGUUCGAGCUCAUAUCUGCCAAGGAAGCUGUGGUGAAGACGAAUGCUGGUGUGAACGAGUCAAAGGGACUGGUAGCCUUGUUCGAGGAUGUGUUAAAGCACCAGCAAGAUGAUGGUGGUGGUGUUUCGAGAGAACAUCUCCGGAAACUGGUUGAUUCGAGGCUCGGUGAUGACUAUCCUCUGGAUUCAGUCCUCAAGAUGGCACAGCUGGGGAGAGCCUGCACGCAGGAGAACCCGCAACUGAGACCGAGCAUGAGGUCGAUCGUGGUGGCCCUCAUGACGCUUUCUUCAUCCUCUUGCGAGGAUUGGGACUUCGGGUCCUUCUAUGAAAACCAAGCUCUCGUUAAUCUCAUGUCCGGAAGGUAACAAGCAGCUACAUCUUCUUCUUAUGUAUGUAUAUAGUUUCAUUAAUGGGGGCCGAAUAUGGGAAAUGGAGUGUGCCAAUUGCCUGCCGACAUAUGUACGAAUGGGCUCCUGCCAUCUGUACAGGUACAUAUACGGUGGGCUGUUGCUCUCGGUUUCUGGUUUUGAUUCGGCAAAGUCCCCACUUGUUUGUUGUAUUAUGGAAAGAUUUUUAUGCUGCUGAAUGCGUAGUUUUGUUUUCAUUCAAAGUCCAAUCGGGUAAUAGCUUGUUGUUAAAGCCAGUCGCUUUUGUGGUGGUCACUAGUAGUCAGCAUUUAGCAAAUCUACAGUGAAGUUUCGGCAUUAUCAUAACAGAUUCGAGUGCAUUUGGAGAUAUUUUUUUCGGCGAAAUUGUGAUCACCAUGGAUUUCCAGAUUCUGCAUUGUAUUUUUACUGUAGGUUUCAAUUGAGAUGAAAGUCUCUUGUUUUAGUAUGGUAUUUUUGGGCUUUUUAACAUUGUAUUUUUUGGGCUUUGAACUAUGUCGCCGGCCCAGAAUAGCGUUGACACUUGCGGCCUUUUUCACUGUGUCAAUUUGUCUUUAGGUUGGAUAUUUAGUCGGCUGAUUAGGUCGCCCCAACCGAAUUCGAUGACCUGAUAUAACGGACCAUAAUGGUAUUUUGACAGUGCAUUAUUGAAUAAUUUUACCCUUUAGAA